AUGACCCCGCAACACGAACCGGCACCCUUGCCAUCAACAGAUCUGAUGCUGUCAGCUCUAUCCCCGACUACAUCAAUCAACCUUUCCCCUCUUGUCGGGACGCAUUGUCGCCUGCCCCCGGUCGCCGCGCCUAGGCCCCGGCCGACCCUGCCUCGACUGCGCAUCGUCACCUGCUCCGCGCCGAGCUCGCCGAUAGCGGUCUCCUCUGCGAUCGACUGGCCUCUGAGCGCCUCCGUGGCGGAGCUGAGCAGUAAGAAGCGCCAGUCACCAGAGCCCCUCGAGGACUUGGAUGAACGUGCGCCCAAGUCCGCAAAGGUCGUGAAGCGCGUUCGAUUUAUUGUCCCGAGCAACAGCAAGCGCGACAGCAGGCCUUGCACGCCUCUAGCAAAGGCAAACCUAAUCCGUGAAGCUUGUCACAGCCCCAGCCCCUGCCCCAGCCCGUCCAGCCUCUCUGACGCGGCCUCUGACGACAUGCGUUCACCACCAUCACCGUUGCGGUCAGUCGACGCGCCGUCGUCGCUGCUCUCCUCCAUGCAGGGUGUCAAGCUGCGCUCCAUGUCGCCAGACGAGCGGGCACCUGGUUCGCCACCAUCACCAACGUCAACGUUCAACGAUUCCAACUCUAACCCUAGCAGCUCUGCUUCCUCCUCAACGUCCUCUUCACCUCAACGGCUACCGCCUGUGUUGCAUCUGAAGCGUGGCAACCCGAAGGGCUUGCAGCUGUCGCUGGGCGCUUCGUCGUUCCACAAUAGCACCAACGCAUCAACACCGACACCGACCGGCUGUGCGUCGCCGAUAAGCCCUUUCUUCCCCACGCAGACGCCGGCAACGCCGACGUUCACCGGCGGCGGUUCGCUCGGUCCCCGCUCUGGUGGCAAGAAGGGCAACGCCCGCCGGCCGAGUCUCCUGUCUCUCAUCACCCAUCCCCCGGGCGGCGCCAGUGACGUGCCGCCGACACCAGGACCGAGCUCCGGUUACGGACGGCGGCAUAGUCGCAUGCGCAGCGCCGGAUCCAGUGGAGCGCCUUCAUCUCUUCCGCUCGGCUCUGUCGACGAGUACGCGAGCAGUGCCUCGAGCGGCCCCAUGCUGUCACCAUCAAUGUCCUCGGGUGAUAGCCUGUCAACACCUUCAUCAACACCACCCGGCAGCUCGGGCUCGGAGCGCGAGUUCCCGCACAUGCUGGAGCCGUACAAGGACGGCCCCAUCGAGAUCGUGCCGGGCGUCUGGCUCGGAGCAGAGGAGAGCGUCUUCCACUGGGACGUGUGGACGCAGGGCGCUUCCGAGGUCGGCGUCGUGAACGUUGCGCAGGAGAUUGACAACCCGUUCGACCCGCGCACCGACCUCGCCAACUACACCUGGAUCUCGCCUCGCGGCAAGGACAAGGUGACCCUCAGCACACACCCCGGUACACCGUCGCACCCGCCUGUCGCUUAUACGCACCUCCGCUGGUCGCACGGCGAGGGCGGGCUGGCUGACCUUCCCGCCGAUGCCGAGCUUGGCGACAUUGUCAACCCCUCCGCCGCUGCCCCGAAUGUCCAGUGGCGGUUCUGGGAGGCUAUUAGGUGGAUGGAGGCGCGUCGCCGCGCGGGCGUUCCCGUCAUCAUUCAUGCCACCCUCACUGUCGCAUAUGUCAUGACGCUCGCCGCCUCGGGACAGUUCCCCGAGCUCCUCGGCCACCUGCACACGAUGCAGGACGCUUAUGACUUUGUCAAGGCGCGUUCGCCCUGGAUCGGCCCGAACGUGAGCCUCGUCUUCCAACUUGUCGAGUUUGCGCGCAACCUGUCCUCCCUCCUGAGCCGCCAUGUGUCGCAGCACGGCAUGACGUGGGAGACGCGCUGGCCCACUCUCGUCGACAUCGAGAGCGAGGACGCGUGGGCGAAGCGCAGACGCGAGUUUGGCGACGAGCCGCAGGAGGAGGAGUCGAGGCGCAAGCGCGAGGAGAGGGAAGAGGAGGCGCGCCGCCUCGACGAGGCCAUGGUCGAGCGCCAGCGGGGACGGAUCAGCCCCAGCGACUCCUUGCGAGCGUGA